CAGCAUAGUUCUGGUGUUCUCCACCUCCCAGCAGCUCAAGGUGUGUCAUUUAGGCAGAGGCUUUCCUGCAUUCUGCCUCCACUCCUUGCUGACCCAACCACCAGCAAGGUUGCCUGCUCUAAAGAGAAGAGCAGUUGGCCGAAGAUCUGCCCUGUGCCUAGAGGGCUGAGAAAGGAGCAAGGGUAGAGAAAGGCCAAUUCAUCCCUCUGCACAAUGGAAACAGGGUGUGCUGCAAGGACAAAUGGCGUGGCUGGGAACCAAGAAGAUGCGACUUGUCCGUCCACCCCUAAGAAAGAUGGAGAGGAGCUGAAGAAGUCCACCAGUCCCAGUGGGGGUGAGAAGGAAAAUGCCAAAAGCACUGGCAGUCCUUCUCUGGAGACGGGGAAACUGAAGAGCUCCAUCUACUCAGGGACUGACUGGAAGAGGCCGAUCAUCCAGUUUGUGGAGUCAGACGAGAAGAAGUCAACCUACUUCAGCAUGGAUUCAGGGGAUGGGAAGAAGUCAUCAUACCCUGGGGUGCAGCUUGCGGAUGCGAGUCGGCCCCCCAUCUCCUUUGUAGACAAAGGGGACUUGAGGAAACCGCUCUUCUUGGCAGAGUCGAAAAAGACCCUCUUCUCCAGUGAAGGAGAAGGCAGGAGGUCAGUGUACUCAAGUGGGCAGAUAGGGGAUCUGAAGAAGCCCUCCCUCCCUCUGGUGGAGACAGGGGACCUGAAGAGACCCAGCUACAACACUGCCAACAGAGUGCCCGGGUCGAGAUCCCGGGUGAAGCUAGAGGAGGUCCUGUGCGACUCCUGCAUCGAUAACAAGCAGAAGGCGGUGAAGUCCUGCCUGGUGUGCCAGGCUUCCUUCUGCGAGUUGCACCUCAAGCCCCAUCUGGAGGGGGCUGCUUUCCGGGAUCACCAGCUGCUGGACCCCAUCAAGGACUUUGAAGCCAGGAAGUGCCCGCUGCAUGGCAAGACCAUGGAGCUGUUCUGCCAGACAGACCAGAUGUGCAUCUGCUACCUCUGCAUGUUCCAGGAGCACAAGAACCACACUACAGUGACGGUGGAGGUUGAGAAAUCGGGGAAAGAGGCUGAGCUCUCAUUGCAGAAAGAGCAACUGCAGCUGAAGAUCAUAGAGGUAGAAGAUGAAGUGGAUAAGUGGCAAAAGGAGAAGGAUCGCAUCAAGAACUUCACCACCAACGAGAAAGCCACCGUGGAUCAGCAUUACAAAGAGCUGGUCCGCGAUCUGGAGAAGCAGCGGGAUGAGGUGAAGGCUGCCCUGGACCAGAGGGAAAAGACCGCGGUGGAGAACAUAAAAGAAAUUGUGGAGGAGCUAGAAGAGAGGGCAAAGCUGCUGCAGGAGGACAAGGAGACCAGGGAGCAGAUACAUCAGAUCAGCGAUUCCGUUCUCUUCCUGCAGGAAUUUGGCGCAAUGAUGAGGAACUAUAUCGCCCCAACGUCUCUCCCGACUUACAGCGUCUUGCUGGACGGGGACACCAUGAGCCCGUCGAUGGGGCUCCUCCGGGAUGAUCUGCUGAACGUCUGCAUGAGACACGUGGAGAAGAUCUGCAAGGCAGACCUCAGCCGGAACUUCAUAGAGAGGAAUCAUAUGGAGAAUGGGGAUCAUCGCUACAUGCUCAACAACUACGAUUGGAGCCAGCCUGACAACGUGAAGAGAUUCUCCAUGUUCCUGACUCCAAAAGCCAGUUUCAGCAACCGAGCAUGGGAAUAUUCCUCCUUCCAAAAUGCAGAGGAGACACUUGGCAUGGGUAACUCUGCUUUCUCAAUGAAAGUGGGCAAUGGAACUAAGAUGCCAUAUCAGUUCUCCCAGAUGGGGCAGAGUUCACCUGGUGACUUCAGCAAACAGUCCGACGGGAGCCUCUUCACUAAGACUGCUUACCCUGCAAUAGUGAGACACCAAGCGACAAAGGUGCAGCCGCAGACAUGGAAAUCCUCCAAGCAGUCCAUGCUAUCACACCACCGCCCCUUUUACGUCAACAAAGGCAAUGGAAUCACUUCAAAUGAGGCACCUUGAAUCCCGCUGUCCAUGGGAAAAGCCAGAUGUGCCAGGAGUGGAGAACCAACCAAGAAUUUUCACAUAUGAACCUGCUACUAUAUUAAACUUCCUGCUCUAAUCUCUGGAGAGGGUCGAUUGGGUGGUCGGCGCUAGAAGAAACGAGGACUUUUCUCAACUCAUAAUCGGUCCCAGGACCGUUUUAUAUUUCCCUUGAAAGCUCUGCAGCCCCGGAGAACUGUAACAAGCACAACCCUUGUAGAUUUCUUAUUCCCUGUCUUGCAACACCCUCCUCUGCCUGCAGAGCAGAUUGUUCUACUUCUCCUAGGUGCUUUGGGGAAGGUGGGAUCUUGGAUAUGGUAUGCACUGAGCCCUUCCUCUCCACAGUAUCAUACCAUGUGCUUCCUGCUCUCCCGACCACAUAGUCGUCGUUGAAUGAAUUUGUAGAGCUGGUGAAAGGUGCCAAGUUGGAGUCUGAAGUCCUCUUUGAAUCUACAAGCCAGGGUCAUCCCAGGAACUGGCAGGCCAUGCUUUGUCCAUGUUCCUCCAUCCACCCGCCUCAAACCUAAUCUGCAGGGACCCCGCCCCCGUCAGUGGGAAGGGCAGCUCUGUCUCUGUGAGCCACUCAAUACUUGGCCUCUCUAUGGAGACACUCUUGGGCUUCCCCUUGCCAAUGUCCAGUGGUUACCACAUGCUGGACACCACCUCUGCACUAAGGACAGCUCUGAGUCCCAUCCACUCAUCUCACAGUGGCCACCAAAGAAGCAUCAGACUGUAGCCGCUUCCAGUCACUCCUCCCCUGUGCUGGCUGCCAAUCAAUGGCAAAAAGGCUCUACAUCCCAUUAACGUGCACCCCCUCUCCCCCCGGCCACCGCUUCAAAUUAAAAAAGAAAAGGAAAAUCCAUUCCACUAAUGGAAGAUUGAUUAGAUGUCUUAGGUGGGCACACCCCGCUUCCGCCCCCCAAAACAAAAUUGGCUUAUAUAUUUUGGUUCCCUUAUUUUUUUCUGGAUCAGGAAUUAAUUUUUUCGUUGCUCAGGAUAAUAUUUCAGGGUUGUUUUUUUUUCCUGACUGUGCUCUGGACAGAGCGGUCACAUGACCAUUGCCAGCCAGAAAGCAGGGCAGAGGCAGUUAGUGUUCCAAUGAUCCAACUUAGCUUUUUCCUCUGGGCAACAGAGGGGUCAUUGUAACUAUGGAAAAACUCCAAGAGCAUCAGAGCUUGCUGCUGGAACUAAAGGCACAUUGCAGGAUCAAAGCCUGGCUCUCUGACAAUGAUAAAUUGCUGCAGAGUCGAGAUGCGAGUGUGGGCAGCUACUUUUCGUGCCUUAUUCAGUUCAAGCCUUCCUCAGGUUCACAGCCAGCCCACCCCUGCUCCCCGCCCUUGCCCGCUCACACACGCAUGUAGCACCUGGUUGAAUGAGGUCGCACCUAUUGCUUGCUGAAAAUUACUUUGUAGUUAAUCCCCAUGGCAAAGCUAUGUGCUGUUUUUUAAUCUGACUCUGCAGACAAAACUUCUGAGUCUGAAAGAUGGUUGCUCCAGAAUAUUUGAAAUGCCUCCUCUUUUAUAUCCAUGUUUUAAAUGAAAGGAAGGGGCUGGGGAAGGAGAUGGGGGCUGGGAUUGGAGUUGGUGGGAGUGGGGUUGGGCUCGGGUAUCUGUUUGCUUUGAUUAAAAAAAAGCUAGAGUAGCAUGUGUGCAUGCGUGUGAUAUUAAAAUAAACUACUGCCCAUGCUGUUGUUUUAAGUCAGGAGCUGGGGGGGAGGGGGGAGCACAGGUCCCGAAGUCACGGACCUAGGGAAACAGCACACAGUAAUAUAAUAUGUUUAGCAAGCAACAAGACAAACCACAGGGGAAAGAGGCAGUGAUGUAUUGUUUAGAUACCAGGGAUGGGGUAAUUUAGGAAAAUGAUUUCCCUGGCUUCUCUUCCAAAUACAACAGUGGUUGCUUUUUUACAAAAAAUGUCCCUAGUCUGGGCUCUUGAAAGGCACUCUGAUUGUUUUAGUCUGAUAAAUGCUGCUACUUCCUUCAUGCGUAUUUGUUAAGAGACAGGCAUGACUCCCACAACCCCAGAUCUAAACAACCCACAAACUUUGGGGGGAGCUCAGAUCUAGAUCUGAAUUUCAUUGCAGGCUCUUAUGUCUAUAAUAAGGGAAACUGACCAUUUUCUGCCUCCCUGAGACCCAGUGUAUAUAUGUCUCAUGCCCAUCUCGAUGAUAUUCCCUACUUUAGACCUGUACUCUUACGGGCUUGAUUCUGAUCUUGCCCACAUCAUUUUUUACAUUGAUGUAACACCAUUGACUUCAGUGGAAUUGCUCCAGAUUUACCCCAGUGUGAGAGAAGAAUCAGGCCCCCACUUUCUCCGGCCAGCACCCCUAGUUUGCUUGAGACCUUCUCGCCCAAUGGAAAGCAAUCAUGUAUCAGCAGAGCUCUUGUCCUUACUGUACCUCAUGGAUUAGCACUGAGGCUUAGAGGUGAAUUUUGCAUGAACUGUUUUAUUAUUUUGUUUGUCUUGAUUAGCAAAGCAGAAACGCCACUAAGAAUUCCGUCUUAUCAGGCAGGCCAACGCUGUGCCGAUGUAAACGAGGUUCUUGGAAUGUGCAACCUGCACUGCGGAAAUAAAAGAGAAACCUCUGUCUGAGGA